AUGCACGCGCUCGGCGUAGAGGUCGAGUUCGCCGGUCGCCCCACAGGGGUGUUCGCCGUCUACGGGCCGCCGCAAAAUCCGCUGCGCACUGCGGACGUUCGGCGGUUACUCCGCGCCGCUCAUCCCAUCGUCGCCGCCGGAGAUUGGAAUGCCAAGCAUACCGAUUGGCAUUCCCAAACAUGCAACCCGCGCGGCCGCCGUCUGCUGGCUGACUCCGUGGCGCUGGGGUACUCCAUCUCCGCGCCUGACUCGCCCACGCACUACCCGGAUGGCAGGGGAGUGCCCGAUAUUCUCGACCUUGCCGUGCACAAGGGGAUCGACGCGUUGAUCUCGCAAGAGGUGGUCGUCGACGAGUUUGGGUCCGACCACCUCCCAGUAGUGAUGCACCUCAUCGACGCCGCUCCCGCGCCCCCGAUUCCCCGUGAAGUAAGGCGAGUCGAUUGGCGGGCCUUCCAGACCGCGCUAAACAGUGCAACACAGCUUAGCACGCCCGAAACCCCCGCCGCUGUGGACGAGGCGGCGGGACUCUUCACGGCGCAACUACAGCGCGCCCUCUCCGACGCCACCAGUGCACGGCCGGCCCCGGCGGUCUACCCAGCGCUGCCGAACCGCUUGCUGGCUCUCAUUCGCCGCAAGCGGUCUCUCCGCCGCCAGUGGCAGCAGACGCGCUGCCCCCGCCUCAAAGCGGAACUUCGCCGCCUCGCCGAGAGCGUCAAGUCCGGGCUCGAGGUCCACGCCGCCGAGUCGUGGGAGUUCGACAUCGGCGACGCCACGGCCGACUGGGCCGCCCUCCAUCGCCUUUGCAGGCGGUUUACCAACACCGCUCCGCCAGUGCACCCGCUCCGGGACGACGCUGGCGUUCUCCACUACGCCGCUGCCGAUCGCGCCGAGUUGCUUGCCACACACUUGGCAACGCAAUUCUCGCCGCAUCCCGCGGCAAAUCCGGCCCGCGUCGCUGAGGUCGAGCGCGCUGUCGCCGAGUACAUCGCUGCACCCAUUCCGCCAGGCGAGGACGCCAUCUUCUUCUCGCCGGCGCUGGUGCGCAAGUCGGCGCAGCGCCUCAAACCGAGGAAGGCCCCCGGUGCAGACGGCAUUACGAAUGCGGUCCUUCGCCGCCUGCCGUUGCGCGCGUUGGUUUCACUGACGCGCCUUUUCAACGGCGCCGCCCGCACCGCUCACUUUCCCGCGCCGUGGAAGGAGGCGCGGGUUAUAACCAUACCGAAGCCGGGGAAGGACGUCCUGAGGGCGGCGAGUUAUCGUCCAAUCUCGCUGCUCUCCACUCAGUCCAAGCUGUUUGAGUCGCUCCUGCUGCCGCGGCUCAACAGGUGCGCCGAGCCCCGACCCGAACAGUUUGGGUUUCGCCCCGGCCACUCCACGACCCUGCAGCUGGCGAGGGUGCUGCACGCCGCCGCGACCGCUGUAAACAAGAAGGAGGUGCUUGCAGCGGUCUUCCUCGACAUGGAAAAAGCCUUCGACCGGGUCUGGCAUGCAGGCCUAGUGUCGAGGCUAAUUGAGCUGCGCUUCCCUCGCCGAGUGGUGGCACUCGUGCAUUCGUUCCUCCUCGACCGGCGCUUCCAUGUCGCCGUCGGGGGGGCCUACUCCAGCCCACGAGCCAUCACUGCGGGCGUGCCCCAAGGUGGGGUCCUCUCGCCCGCCCUGUACACCAUCUUCACGGACGACGUGCCUGCGGCGCCGGGCAGCAUGGUGGCGCUGUACGCCGACGACACGGCGUACCUCGCGUCAUCUAUUAGAGCCGCCCACGCCGCCGCCAAAUUGCAACGGUCGCUCGACCUCCUCCCCGCCUGGCUUGAGGAGAGGCGACUAGUUGCAAACGCCGCCAAAUCACAAGCAAUCCUGUUCGGGGCGGGCAGACUGCCCCCCGCACUCCACCUUCAAGACGCUGACAUCCCAUGGCGCCCGGAGGUAACAUACCUGGGCGUCGUGCUCGACCGCCGGUUGAAGCUGCGACACCACGCUGUCCGCGCUGCGGGACGCGCCGCGGCCGCCGCCAGCAAGCUGCGGCCCCUUCUCUCGUCCCGACUGCCGACGCGUGCGAAGCUCGCGCUCUACCGGCAGUACAUCCGGCCCCAUCUCACGUACGCGGCGCCCGCUUGGUACGGCCUCACCGCCGAAUAUGUUCGGCAGCGACUGAGAGCCGUACAAAACAAGACCCUUCGACGCAUCGUCGACGCGCCGCGCUUCGUGAGAAACGCGACCAUCGCCCGGGACCUCCGUCAGGAGAGCCUCGACGACUUCAUCAAAAGACUGGCGACGCAGAUGUUCGCCCGUGCCGACGCCUCAAGCUUCGCGCACCUCCGGGACAUCGCGCCGCACCACUCGAGGCCUCCCGACCACCGACGGGCGUUCCCACGCGAGCUCGUUCGCCAGGGGCCGCCACCGGACUGA